GGGGAGAGGAGGCGGGAGGGAGGAGGAGAGAGGCAGCCUACACACGCCUUCCAGUCCCUCCACUCAGAGCAGCCCGGAGACCGCUGCCGCCGUUGUCGCUGCUACCACCGCUGCCACCUGAGGAGACCCGCCACCCCCCGUCGCAUCCCUGACGAUUCCUUCCUAGCAUCGGGCUUUUCAUCCACACUGCCACUACCAGUAUUAUUAUUAUCCCAAGAUAAAGCAACUAAAAGAAGAUACCAGCCAAAAAGAAGCACGUACACAUUUCUGAAUUACUCAAGUGUCUCCUGGAAAGAGGGUCUCCAGUCCCUGAAGGAGCAGCCAAAGGGACGGAAGGAGGGUUGAGGCGGAGGGAGGAGGAGUUGGGGACAUUGCGUGGUGUAAAGUUGUGUGCAGCAGAGACCCGAAGGUGCAGCACCACAGCCCAGGGGACGGUGUGCCUGGGAAAAGGCGCUGCCCCCUGCGUCGGGACCCGCCAGCGCGCGGGCACCGCGGGGCCUGGGACGACGCCUCCUCCUGCAGCCUGGACUCUGUCAGUGGACCAGCAGAAGGAGGAAUAUGGAAUCCACAGCGGCCCCCUCCUGCCGUCUGCUCUUCUGCCUUUUGAUCUCUGCAGCCAUCCUCAGACCAGGCCUUGGAUCGUACACUGUAAAUUCAGCAUAUGGAGACACCAUUAUUAUGCCUUGCCGACUCGAUGUACCUCAGAACCUCAUGUUUGGCAAAUGGAAAUAUGAAAAGCCUGAUGGCUCCCCAGUAUUUAUUGCCUUCAGAUCCUCUACGAAGAAGAGCGUGCAGUUUGACGAUGUGCCAGAAUACAAAGACAGAUUGAGCCUCUCAGAAAACUACACUUUGUCUGUCAGUAAUGCAAGGAUCAGUGACGAAAGGAGAUUUGUGUGCAUGCUGGUGACCGAAGACAACGUGUUUGAGGCACCUACAGUUGUCAAGGUGUUCAGUAAGUAGUUCGUGGUGUAACCGCUGUGUGGGAGGACAUGCUGGAAUUCGGUCUAGAAGAAGAGGACUGAUCUCUCCGCAGUGUCUCUGCAGGAGGCGGCUGUGCAGGGAGACUUGGAGAGAUCUUCAUUUUGCUCACACGUGUUACCAGCAAGGAAAACAAAAAUUCUGAAAUUUAAACAGGA